CGAAUUGGGCCGCCAUGGCCGGAGCCUUCUCGCUUCCCUUUACCCACAGUAGCCUGAAGAUGAGAGACCGGCGGCAGCUCGGCUAGGCCCUUCGUAGGCCUCGCCACAUCCCCGGGAGCAGGGAUUGAGCGCUUCUUUUUGUUUCUCGCCAUUGCCUUGCAGCAAGGAGACCGUGAGGAGCGCUCGUCCCCGUCGCAGCAUUCUCCUGCCUCUCUCCCUGGAUUAAUAACACCGUUACUCGGCCUGUCCCACCCCUGCUCUGGGCUUCACGGCUUCUCCCUGGACUCCACGGCUUCUCUCUGGGCUCCCCUGCUUUUCUCUGAACUCCACGGCUUCUCCCUGGGUCCUGCUGCCAGGACAGGCCUUGUCUGACUGCUGCUUUGGCCUUCUCCUCAGCGCCUCUCCUGCCUACGUUUUAUAUUUCUGAGAAAUAAGCAUUUGGCAUCCCGCCAGUCCCAUCCGAUCAUGGAGACCAAAACCAUCGUGUACGAUCUGGACACCUCUGGGGGUCUAAUGGAGCAAAUUCAAGCACUGUUGGCUCCACCAAAGAGUGAAGAAGGGGAGAAGAAAAGCAAGAGGCCAGAAAAGGAACCCAGGAGAAGUGGAAGGGCCACCAACCAUGAUAGCUGUGAUAGCUGUAAGGAGGGUGGAGAUCUCCUGUGCUGUGACCACUGUCCGGCUGCAUUCCAUCUCCAGUGUUGCAACCCUCCACUGAGUGAAGAGAUGUUGCCUCCAGGAGAGUGGAUGUGUCAUCGAUGCACUAUACGCAGGAAGAAACGUGAGCGCAAGAAGGAGUUGGGGCAGGUAAAUGGCCUGUUUGACAGAUAUGGAAGGAGGACUGUUUCCCCAACCAGUGAUCUGGAUUUCUCUGAGAAAGCUCCUGGCACUUUCCGAGCCCUUGCACAAGCCAGAAUGCUGGAAAGGAGAGUUAGUCGCCCAGGAACCCCAACAUCCAGCGCCAGCACUGAUACUCCAACUUCUGAGCAGAAUGAUGUGGAUGAGGACAUCAUUGAUAUGGACGAUGAACCAACUACUUUGGACUCUGAGUGCAGUCAUUCUCAACUUAAGAGACCUUUCCAACUGCUCAUUGCAGCAGCUAUGGAGCGGAACCCUACCCAGUUUCAGCUGCCCAAUGAACUUACAUGCACCACAGCACUUCCAGGCACCAGCAAGCGGCGUAGGAAAGAGGAAAUGUCAGGAAAGAAUGUCAAGAAAGCACAGCACGAAUUGGAUCACAAUGGCCUGGUUCCUUUGCCUGUUAAAGUUUGCUUCACUUGUAGCAGGAGCUGUCGAGUUGCACCUCUCAUUCAGUGUGAUUACUGCCCACUUCUGUUUCACAUGGACGUUUGCCUUACAAAUUAUGGUCACUGCAACUAUGUGUCCGGCAAGCACGCCUGUAUAUUUUAUGAUGAGGUGAGUUGUUUCCAUCUUGUUUCUUCCUUGUGUGGCAGUUGAAGUUAAAUUUAACGUCUUUAAAGGAGAAGGAAAGCUACAGAGGCAUUUUAUUGCCAAUAGAUAAGCUGCAAUAGUGCAAGCUAGAAUGCUAUAUUUAUUCUGUAGAAUGUUUUACCAUACCUGAGUAAAAAGCUCUAGAAGCUCUCUGUUUGUUUAGGAUAGCAGCUGCAGUAUUAACAUGGUGUGACAUCACUUCCUGCCAGAGUCUCUCCCUGCUCUGGGCUCAGAUUACAGUAGAGAAGGGGGGGGUGGGGAAGAGGAGCAAACUGAGCAUGCUCUUGCUCAGGGCAAUGAGGUUUAAGCUGAAAACAGGAAGUCUGAUACAGAAGCCCAUGAGUACACAAUAGAAGGAAGAAAUGCAGUGUUUCUUUUGACAGAGGACUCGGAGCAACAUUACUUUGAGGGUUUACUGGUGUAUUUAUAUAGACCUUUCUGAUAAAGCUUACUUAAUUUUAACAUUUCCUUCUCCUUUAAUGUGUUUUGUGACUGUUUAUUAUGAAAUAUUUUGAAGAUUAACAGUUUGAAAAUACAUUUUGCAUAAUAUUGUUUAGAACUGCAAUCAAUUAAAAAUUCUGCAUUGUUUGUGAAAUAAUCAAGUUUAUCUUCACUUCCUCUUUCAGCAUCUGUUUCUCCUCAUUCUGUCUUCAUGCAGGAAUUGUUAGAUGAAUGAUCCAAUAUAUCUUAUAGGGUGGCCCCUUUUGCCUAGAAGAUGUAUUAGAGCUCACUCUAUUAAAAUCACCAGAAAUCCUGUCUCUCUACAUGCAGGAUUUGUGCAAAAGGCAGUUAUUUUGUUAAAUUUUGUUUGUACUGGAAUCGCUUAUUUUAGUGAGUUCUAAUACAUCUGCUAGGAAAGGAAGCCCCCCUAUAAUAUAUAUUGCAUCUAACUGUCAAUGAUUAUAUGACACCCAACGGCUGCAUGAAGACAAAAUGAAGAGAAACAGAUGCUGAGAGAGGGAUAGUGAAUAUAAACGUGAUUAUUUCUGAAACAAUGCAGAAUUUGUAAUUGAUUGUAUUUAGAAAAUGUCUACUUUUGUAUGAGGAAGCUUAUAUUAAAACUUCAUUUUCACUAUCGUUCCCCUUUAAAGAAAUGGCAGUCCCUGGAUUAAUAAAUCCUCGUCCUUUUAUCUUUUAGAACACAAAGCAUUACGAGCUGUUAAAUUACAGUGAACAUGGAACGACUGUGGACAACGUGCUCUAUUCCUGUGACUUCUCUGAGAAAAUCAUCCCUACCCCACCAAGCAGUAUUGUUGCCAAAGUGCAAAGUGUUCUGAAACACCACAAGAGCCAAAAUCCUGAGGAAGAGGCAGUGAAAGAAGAAGAAGCCAUUAUGAACUGUCAGGCCCAAGGCCCUGCUCAUGAGUCGUGCAACUGCAAAGCCAGCAGCUCUAGUCUCAUUGGAGGAAGCGGAGCAGGCUGGGAAGGCACCGCCCUUCUGCACCACGGAAGUUACAUUAAGUUGGGUUGUAUCCAGUUUCUCUUCUCAGUCACAGAGUUUGCAACGAGGCAGCCCAAAGGUGAAAGCGAUGCCUUAGCACAAGAGCUGGACUUGGAGGACAAAUUGUCUCUCAAACCCCCUCACCAGGUGCCAGUGCUACGAUCCAAUUCUGUUCCUUAGGAAGCAAACACUAGAACUCUACCAGGCGACUUUUCCUGACAAAAGACUCGGCAGAGCAAACGCGUUCCGUGGCCUCCUGAGACUCCAGUGCGACCACAAACACUUUGCACAUUUGCAUGACAUGAAGAAAAGUUCACCUUUUUAUUCUUUUUUUGUUCCCUUCUCCUUUUGCUCAGAUUUUAGGGGCAUUUGCACAUAUUUCUAUCAUACAUUUCAUAUAAUAUAAAUAUAUAUAUAAAUAUAAAUAUAUAUUUUUUUUAUUAUAAGAUAAAAAAAAAAAAAAUCCCCCCCCCCAGAAUGAAUUUGCUAAGACACGAUCAAAACAUUUUGAACACUUUCUGAAAUCCAAAAAAUUAUUAUUUUUCUCUUUCAUGAAAUUGUAAAUGAAUCCACGUCCGCCCUUUUCUAUUUGGUGCCAGUGACUUUUUCUAUUGAACAUAUUUCUGUUUUUCUUAAAGAAGAAGAAGAAAAAAAAAUCCCUUUUCAGUUCAGUCUAAAGUUCUCGUUGCGUGAAAGUCACUCCUCAGCCUCGCAGUUCUGCCUACAGUUGCAAUAAAAGGAGCUCCAUAGAGACAACAAGGACAGGGUGGAGAUUUUUGUACAAUAUCAAGAGACUAAAAUUCUUUACCUCCAGACACACCCUCCUUCUUAAACUCCUCCUCCUUUUUUUUUUUAUUACAUUUUUAAAUAUGUACAGUGCUGUGUGCGAUCCACCUUCUGGCUCCUGUCUGUAACAAAAUAUUUUGUUCACUUGUUUGUCUUUGUUUUUUCCCCCCUCCCUUUUUUUAAUUAUUGUAAUACUGCCACUUCUCCGUUGUGGAGGUUGGUCAAGCUAGAUCCGUUGUAAAUAUUAACUGUAUUGUUUUAGAUUUUACACAACUUUUUUUUUUUUUUUCCUGUAUUCUGUACAUAUAUAUACAUAUAUAUAAAAAGUUGAUUCUU